AUGUUCAGACCUGUUUUCAAUCAUUUCGCAAUGUUGAUUAUGACGGUUGUGUUGUGAUAUUUCGUAUUGUUUUGAAAAGAAAUUUUUGAUUAACACACCUCAAAUUGAUCUUCAGUAGAUAAAAUGUCCGACGAAGGAGAUAAUGAAGUAACGUCUAAAGAUCUCCAAAGCGAAGCAGAUGAUGCUGGAACGGAAAAUGGAUAUCUUUGUUCGUUAAUCUUAGCGGAUGGAUGGACUGCUCUUGAAGUAGCUAUAGCUGGACUAAGUGUUGUCGGUCGUAAACAAUACGGGAUGUAUGGGCUGAUAAAUGUUACGCAAGAUGCAAGUCACAAAAAUGUAGCUGACAUGUUUGAAAUCGUUGAUUUGAUGAAAAUCACUGGCUUGCAGUACAACGUGGACUAUUCGAGCGAGUCUGAGCGGAAAAAGCUACGAUAUGGGAAAUUGAUGAUGUUGACCGACCAGAAUGAAGGGGGCACCCACUUCAAAGGGCUCAUCAUCAGUUUCAUUUACUCAAACUGGCCGGCCCUACUGCAUACCACUCCGCCGUUCUUAGAAGAGAUUAUAACGCCUGUCGUAAAAGUUACGCGAGGUUUAAAUAAGCUUUCGUUCUACUCAAUGGCUGAAUUUGAGCAAUGGAAAAAGACUGUCAUAAACAUUGACGCGUAUACUGUUAGGCACUACAGAGGUUUGGGCACCAACAAUUGGAAUGAGAUCAAGGAAUACUUUUCCAACAUGGAUUUUCAUCGAGUUAAAUUCGAAUAUGGUGGUCCCGAAGAUGAUGAGAAUUUAAUGAAGGCAUUCGAUAAGGGAGCGAUCAAACAGCUAAGAGGAUGGUUAACUCAUCAUAUGGUUAAAUGUAAACGACACAAACUUCAUGGUUUUCAAGACAGUCACUUGUACACCAAGAAAACUAACGCAGUCACAUACUCCGACUUCAUUAACUCGGAAUAUGUUUUCUUUGCUAGUUACAACAACGCUAAUUCCAUUCCGAGUGUUGUUGAUGGCUUUAAGCCGGGUCAACGAAAGGUUCUGUUCACGUGUAUCAAACGAGAGUUCAAAAUCGAGGUGAGAGUAUCUCAAUUGGCUUACUGUGUAGCCGAAGACACGGCAUAUUAUGAAAGUGAGCAAACUAUCUGCAAGUUCGUUUACGACAUGGUUCAAGACUACGUCGGCAGCAACAAUAUAAGUCUGAUGAUACCUUUUGGCCAGUUUGGUACGCGUUUAAUGGGUGGCGAAGAUCACGCGGAUCAACAUAGCUUACGUACAUUGAUGGCACCAUUAACCAGGUUGAUUUUUCAUCCACACGAUGAUCCGUUGUUGACAUAUAAAUUCGAUGAGGAUAAGGAAAUUGAGCCCGAGUGGUAUAUCCCUGUCAUUCCGAUGCUGCUUGUAAAUGGGUCUGAAGGUACAGGGACUGGUUGGUCGACGUACAUUCCGAAGCAUGAUCCGCACCAGUUAAUUCGAAGCUUACGCAACAUGAUUACUGGUAAAUUACCCGACGUACUAACGCCAUUUUACCGCAAUUUUCGUGGAACGAUUCUAGCUGUUAGUAGCUCACGUUUCAUUACAAUUGGCUGCGUGGCUAUUAUUGAGGACGAAAAAAUUGAAAUAACCGAGCUUCCGAUCGGCACGUGGACUACGUCAUACAAAGUAAAUGUAUUGGAACAGUUGCUGCGCGGUUCCGAAACGGUGAAACCAAUCAUCACGGAUUACAAAGAAUACCAAACAGAUACAACCGUUCGCUUUGUAGUCUCCUUUGCGCCUGGAGAGUUCGACAAAUUGCAGAAGGAAAUUAGUGGAUUCCACCGAGUGUUUCAGCUGUUCGGAAUCAUUAAGACCGACAACAUGUACGCCUUCGAUAACAGUAACACUUUGCGAAAGUUUGAGCUAGCUCACGACAUUUUACAGGAGUUUUAUGUUCUUCGUCUAAAGUAUUACGUAAAACGGAAGCAAUAUUUGGAAGGAAAAUUAACUGCUGAGGCAGACAAACUGAAGAAUCAAGUGGACCUUGUUCUGGCAAAGAGUGAUUCCACUUUCGUCGUCGAAAACAAAACACGUAAAGCCAUCCUAGAUGAAUUGAUUGAACGCGGCUAUCAAGCUGAUCCCGUUGAAAAAUGGAAGAAGGAAAAUGGAAUCGAAACCGGCAUUGUCGAGACGAAAUUUCAGCAUUUGUCGGACAAAGAAAGAACGGAUGCGAAGAACUUCGAUUACUUGUUGAACAUGUCAAUGUGGACACUGACCGAGGAAAGAAAAAUCGAACUCAUCAAUCAAUGUUACGGCAAAAAAGCAGAAUUGGAAGCUUUGCAAUCGAAAUCUGAAUACGAUCUUUGGCUGGCCGAUCUGGACGAAUUGGAAGCCAAAUUGAAGGAAUUGGAGGAAAUGAAACGGGUCAAUUCAUCGAAACGCGUCGGUAACAAAAAUUUGUAUCCAUCGGAUGAUGGCAAGAUUGUGGAGUUUCAAUUGACCAAUGCAUUGUAUGAUGAAAUAUCGAAAAUGGAUCGGGAUGAGUAAUUUAGCUGUGAAAAUGUGAAAAUAAAGUCUUUGGUUGAACAUUAAAAAUUCUGAUUUAUUAUUAUUACGAAAGUGACGUGUGACGUCAGUUUACACAGUUCAAUUUUACCUAACAAAUUGUUCAAUUAGAGUUGCGCA